UGCUGCACACCAGCACACUCCGCCUGCAAACAACGUUCGCAUUCAUGAGCCGAUUACAGGUGCUUCUCGCGCCAUUUUAGGUGUACACCUGUUCAAUGUGGGCUUCCAGUUUCCAGAUCAGCGGAAUGGCGUAGUGUCAGAAGUUCAAAGAAGCAUUUCUUGAGGUAACAUUAUGUGCCCCGGUUUGCGUUUGUCCGCUCGACCUAUGUGUAAAGUCACUAUCCCUUGCUGCAACUUCAAGUGAGCACAAUCCAGGGGCUUCUAAGCAACCAUGUCCGGGGCAGGCGCUGCGAGUAUUAAAAGCUUGCCUGCAUUGUCCUCCAGCGGACUCUUUUCAACCACUGAGCAGUCUUCUCAAGGAUUUGCUCAAAAGACAGGCCUUUCAAGGAAUGUGCGCAAAGGUGGCUGCCUCAAAAGGCAGCUUGCCCCGCAUUCGGGUGCACUGCCAGGAAAGCAAGCAGAAGCCUCUGUUUUUGAAUGUGUAGCAGGAGAAUUUGGAACAGGACGGAGGCAGAAAAGCAAUGGCAAAUCACGUCGUCAUACAAUGCAAGCCAGUACAAUCAUUGCUCCGGAGAUUGAGGUGCCUGAGGGACAAGAGUAUGUCAGGAGAGGGGGACCAGACGCAGACUUGGUGGCUAAACAAGCAGCCAAAUCGCUGGACCAGCCGAAACUUGCAGACACGCUUGCUGCCUUGAUCCCUGGGGAAUGCAACUUAGACCUGAUAGUGGUGGGAUGCGGGCCAGCCGGAAUGGUGCUAGCGGCGGAGACAGCAAAGAAAGGGCUGUCAGUUGGACUCAUUGGCCCUGACGUGCCCUUCGUAAACAACUAUGGUGUCUGGGUGGACGAGUUUGAGGCUAUCGGGUUGCGUCACUGCCUCGACGUCAUUUGGCAAGACACUGCCCUGUACCUCGACUCAGACUCUCCCAUCCUAGUUGGGCGCGGGUACGGCCGGGUCUCUCGGGAGCUCCUCCGAGCAGAGCUCCUCGAGCGGUGUGCAAAGGCGGGAGUCCUGUACAUGGACUCAUCCGUGAGGGGGAUCGACGAUGGAGCAACCGGGAGCACUGUGCGCUGCAGAAACGGGCAGAGCGUCCAGUCGAAGCUGGUGACAGUGGCCUCUGGGGCGGCCUCGGGGCAACUGAUCGAGUACGAGAAGGGGGGGCCGGGCGUCAGCGUGCAAACAGCAUACGGGAUCGAAGUCGAGAUCGACAACUACCCGUUCGACCCGACCGUCAUGCACUUUAUGGACUUCCGGGAUUAUCGGGGGGCUGGCGCUGGGCAUGCUAACCUGGACGACCUGGAGGAGGAUCAGCGUCCGACCUUUUUGUAUGCUAUGCCGAUAACGCCCACUCGUAUCUUUUUCGAGGAGACGUCCCUUGCUGCGCGCCCGGCCAUGUCGUUCGACGAGCUCAAGCGCCGGCUGUACAUCAGGCUCAAGACGCUCAACCUCGAAGUCAAGACCAUGCACGAGGAGGAGUGGUCGUACAUUCCCGUCGGGGGCGCCCUGCCAGUCACGACACAGCCCCACCUCGCGUUUGGAGCAGCUGCCAACAUGGUCCACCCGGCAACUGGUUAUUCGCUGGCGCGUUCGCUGACGGAAGCACCCCUCUUCGCCGCUCAGAUUGCUACUGCCCUUGAGGCGUCAACUGGAAGUGCCUCCGGGAGCGGCCGCAGCAUGAAGGAAGCCGCAUGCGCCGCCUGGGAUGGUUUGUGGUCCCGCGAGCGCAAGCGCCAGUCCGCGUUCAAUGUGUUUGGUCUCGAGUUGAUCCUGAGGCAGGACUUGGACGGCACGCGCGAGUUUUUUGAUACCUUCUUCCGACUGCCCGAGCCGCUCUGGAAAGGCUUCUUGUCGUCCAGCCUUUCUUCGGUCGACCUCCUGGGAUUCGCCUUCAUGAUGUUCGUCAAAGGGUCGAACGGUCUGCGUUACCGCCUGAUCGAGCACCUUGUGACGCACCCGCAAGGCCUGAGAAUGCUGCAAGUAUACGCUGGGGUAGAAACCGGCCCCAAGCCAAAACAGCUGGCGGGCACCGUUGCGCUGGCGGCAUUCGUUGCCACAGUCGCUUACAUGAUGACCAGCAUGGGCGGAAACACGAGUUGACGGUCCUUUGUGUUUGGAAGAGUUUUUCAAUCUUGCUCUAGAAUGGGGCAUAGUCGGUUCCGAAGACUUCGUAUUGUCGAUCCUUGUGCAAAGUGCGCAGGGGAACAAGCUUCUCGUGUCGGCACAAUGUUUUGCAUCCAAGAGUUGCGGGAGUUUGACUGCAUUGAAUAAAACUAGGACGACAUGUAACCUACAAGGUUCUCUUACCUUCAAGAUUCAGCCGAGUGAAGAUUCUUCCUUCUUUCCUUUUUGUAGUUCGGUAUUGCCUUGUGGCAUACUAUCGUUUUGCCGUC